AUGUCUGUCGAACAAGAUUCAUUAUUUUGUAUAUUACCGCUUGAACUUAUUCACCUUAUUUUUCGUCACCUCGAUACACAAACAAUUGUUCAUUCAUUUCGUCUUGUAUGCAAACGAUUCCACAAUAUGGUUAAUAUGUACGAUGAAUUCGAUAUCAACUUUAAAUCUAUUUUAAAAUCUGAUUUUCAUUAUAUUUGUAAUAUUAUUCCACCUGAGAAUAUCAAGUUUCUGACACUUUCUGAUGACGAUGAAACACCUGGUCAAAUUGGAUGUUUUCUGUCGCGCUUUCGAAUCGAACAAUUUACUAAACUUCGCUCUUUGACUCUUCUCGAAAUUGAUGACCGUUACUUAAGUAUGGUUUUAAGAGAUGUUCAUAAAUUAGAAAUCAUUGAACUAAUCAUUGUUUCAAAAGAAGAAUUUACUAAAAACAAUACAAUUAUAGAUGAUCUGUCAUCCACUGUCUGUCUGCGUACUCUUCGAAAACUCACUUUAGAUAUUGUGGACAUUGAUAUAUCUGAAAUAGUGUGGCCUGUUGAAUGUACGAUACAACAUUUGGAGAUUCAUUGUGACACUUGCGAUGCAUAUUGUAACAUUCUUUAUCAUUUACCAAAUCUACGAACCUUAGUAGUAGAAAAAUUGUGUAUGGCUAAUAUGAAUGCCUCAAUGCCUGAACUAGCAAAUCCGACAUCAUUUCAUCAAUUAUCUUCAUUGACAUUCAAAUAUUGUACAAUUAAUAUGCUUAUGCUCGAACUCCUUCUUUCACAAACACCAGCACUAGAACAUCUUCGUCUCGUGCGAUGUGUCUAUAUACGUGAUUUUAUGUCGCAUCUAUCUCAAUGGCAAAACUUCAUCGAAACAAGAUUAGUGUUAUUGAGCAAAUUUGAAUUUUUUCUUACCGAAACCUUUCAGAUGGUCACUACUCCUGCUUAUAUUGAACAGUUGAUUGCUCCAUUUCGAACAACAUUCUGGACGGAAACUAAACGUUGGUUUGUCAUAUGUGAUUACGGCACGAAUUCACAACAUCUCAUGCUUUAUUCAUCAUCGAUGUAUGAUCCUCAAUUCCGAUAUAACCUCGAAUCAAAGCGAUUCUCGCGUUCAACAUCAGUACCAACAAUCAGUAACACAAUCAUCAUGGAUGGAAUACGCAACGUGUAUUUGAACUUAUCUCAAAAAAUGUUUUCAGUAACUUCAUUCCAGAAUAAUUUACCAAGUGCUCCAAUGUUUACUAAAGUUGAUUAUCUCAAAUUGAGUCUUAAUCAUAAUUGGCCAACAUAUUCACUUCGAGUUCUUUCAUCUCUCAUCAAUCUAUCAUAUUUAACUAAAAUAUCUAUAGAAACUGGCGAAGCAUCCGAUUACGAUCCGAAUCUAAUGAUUAAUAUUUGUUCAUUGCUGAAACUAACACCGAAUGUUCACUCACUCAAAAUGACGCGUGGUAUGAGCACACGUGAUCGAGAUAUAAAAACAUUUUCACUAAUUCUUGAUCAUAUAAGACAUUUGACAGUUUCCGUAUCCACGGUGACUCAAAUGAGUAAGGCCAUUCAAAACGUUGGAUAUCGUUCAAGCAUCAAAUUAUACAUGAAUACUUCCGAUGAUCCUUCUGUUGCUAUCCAACGGUUCCAACAUGAAAAUGAAUAUUAUAGCUAUCGAUUAAAAAGUGGUUCUUUAUCUAUAUGGCUCGACAAAAAUGCAUAUAUUGCGAAACAGGCAGCUAAUCAAAACAAUAUCGAACAAACUGACCAAGAUUUAGAAACAUUUUCAACUUUUUUCAUACCUAAUACUAAAUAA